UGAAAGCUCUAAAUUUGAGAGAGAGAGUGUGUGAGAGUGACAGUUUCAGAAAUUUCUUUCAAAUUCUAUACACACAAAAAAAAAAUCAAAACAUCUCCAGAAACAUCUAUCCAUCCAAAUAUCCAAUCCAAUCCAAGUUCAAUUUUCAAUUUUCAACGGAGUUGAAAGUUUCCGUUUAUAAUCAGCGCUGAUGAUUGUUUGAUCCUCGAAAAAUUUGGGGAAAAGGAAAAUUUUCGUAGGAGAAGAGAUGUAUGUGAGCGGCGGAAGUCCAAUACGAAAGUCUUUCAGAGACUCGCUCAAAGUCCUUGAAGCCGAUAUUCAGCAUGCUAAUACUAUUGCAUCUGAUUUUCCGAGGGAGUAUGAUGGCGCGUGCCUUCAAAUGAGAAUGUCAUAUAGUCCAGCUGCCCACAUUUUUCUUUUUCUAGUUCAAUGGACUGAUUGCCACCUUGCCGGAGCUCUCGGACUGCUGCGGAUCUUAAUCUAUAAGGUAUGUGCUGAUGGCACCACCACUAUGUCCACUCAUGAGAGGAAAGCGAGCAUUCGAGAGUUCUACGCUGUUAUAUAUCCAUCUUUAAUGCAACUUCAGAGAGGUGUUACUGAUUCUGAAGAUAAGAAACAGAAAGCUGUAUGUCUGGAGAGAUACAGAAGGAAGGAUGAAGAUGAUCUCAGGCAUUGCUGGGAAAUGGAUGUUGAGAGGGAAGAAGAAUGUGGUAUUUGCAUGGAGAUGAAUAGUAAGAUUGUCUUGCCCAGCUGUAACCAUUCCAUUUGCCUCAAAUGCUACAGAGAAUGGCGUUCAAGAUCACAGUCUUGCCCUUUCUGUCGUGACAGCUUAAAGAGGGUAAACUCCGGUGAUCUAUGGGUGCUUCUCGAAAACAAGGACGUGAUAGACAUGGCUGCCAUAACAAGGGAGAAUUUGAAGAGGCUGUUUAUGUACAUAGAUAAGUUGCCAGUGAUUAUCCCCGACCACCUAUUUGAUCCCUAUGAUUCCCAUGUCAGGUAAAUGACUUGUAUAUUUAAAGUCAUCGUGCUAUCCGUGCUGGAUUAUGGUAUGAUUCUUUUCGUUCUCAGCUUUCACAAGAGGAACAACGGAUGCUCUUUUGAGUUAGACUUAGAAUAUCCAUAUUCCACUUGUGUUUAGGAACAACCCAGCCUUGAUUUAUUGUCGGCAGAGGUUUAAGUUUAGAUAUUUAAGUUUAGAUAAGGGGAAGGAAGGUACCUAUGUUGUCUGGUAAUUUUUAAAUUCUUGUAUAGUUUGAGUUCUUCUCAGCAACUUGAGAUUGUGACGACAUAACGAAAUAAAUUUAUCGAACUUGUGAAUAUUUAGUUUA